CUGCAAUCCUCUGGUCAUGUCCAUCUCAUACCACACACGACGAUCGCCAGCAGAGCUUUGAUAUUCAAGCCUGGCUUCAACCACUUGGAUGAGCCUACGGGCUUCUUCAGCCCCCAAUCUGCUCCUUCAUGAAGUUGACCAAAGCUUUUAGACCAAGCCCCCGGUCCUAACCAAAAAGCCUCUCGCCGUAAACGCCGAAGCCUCAGUUAAUCUUAUGAUGGCCCAGCCUGAGACACCACCACAAAAUCCUCCUUACCCUGCGCCUACUGUAUCGUUCACUUUUGGUAUCUCCGCUCGGGCUCCUGGUUCUGGUGCCAACACUCCCACAGCCAACACCUACCUUAUGCCGACCAGUCCGGCUAAGAACCCUGCCGGCAUGAACAACGCCCUGAAACCAAGAAUCACCAAGAGCACCGGACAGAAGCCGGCUUGCCUGGUUAAUGCAUCAGUCACCUAUUGCGGAAACGACCAGAUCUACGCCUUUGGCGGCUUCGACCAAUUUACGGAUGAGGUCUACAAUCACGUGCUUCGGCUGGAUCUGAAAACGCUAAAUUGGGCGCUAGUAGAUAAUUAUGGAGAUAUCCCCGGGGUGCGGAUGGGGCAUUCAGCAUCGCUUUACCAAGGCGACAAACUGCUGGUCUAUGGUGGAGAAAAUGAACAUCGGGAAUAUCUGUCAGAUGUGGUCAUCUUGAACCUGAAAGACCAUCACUGGACCCAACCCGAUGUCCAGGGUCCCAUCCCCAAAGGCAGAGCCAGACACGCCGCGGUCGUUUACGAGGACAAAUUGUUCGUCAUCGGAGGGCUGACCGGAGAGGCCAAUUAUAUUCUUGACGAUAUAUGCUACCUGGAUCUGAAGACGUGGACAUGGUCCAAAACAUGGAGUUUCGUGCAGAGGUUCGAUCACUCUGCCUGGAUAUGGGGAGGUCGACUAUGGGUGCUAGGAGGUCUGGGCGCCGAUAUGGAACGCGCCUCAGAGAUUUGGUGGCUGGAUCUGAAAGGAAGUCCGGCUUUGAAUGGUUCUGGCAGGCCGUACUCUACCGUGGGCCGCGUCCCCGCUACCAGACAUGAAGGCAUACCGCAUCCCAACCGCGCUGACCGAAUCGACAUAUACACCGCGAACUCGGGCAGUAUACACAUUCGAUCGACGAGGCGGGAGAAGCCAGUCGCACCCGGUGCAAUAUCGUCGUUGAAAUUUGUUUCUGGCCCUCAUGUCCCUCUCCAAUCGUCCGGCACGCACUUCCACGUUUGCUCGUCUGGCGCUUUGCUAGACUUUGUCACGCCAGCAUCGACUAUUCGUCAUAAUGAAUGCAACCUGUCAUCCCUCGAGCUGGACUCGUUGAGAUGGCAAAGAUUGGUCGAAGGUCCCGAGUUAUUCCAACCAGGCUACAAAUGGCAUUACUGUACAAUCAAUGAGGAUGGAACCAAGGUCUGGUUGCUUGGAUCCUCUGGAGACUAUCCUACUGAGCCCAAUCAAGAGCUGCAACUGAGCGAGGUUUUGGCAGUCGAUCUCAAACGGUACGGUUUGCUCGGCAACCUUGACUCCUCCUUCGCAUCUGAGCAGAACCGCAUCCUGGCCUCCGAACGGCAGACAACACACACCGCUCCCGCUGGCGGUUUGGGAUCUGGCCUCGGCUCCGAUCUCGCCAUGACAUUUGACCAACCCCCAGAAUCCGGCAGCAUGAGCGACUUCAUCAUCACGGCGAACAACAUCCCUGCGGAUGAGGACGACAACGUUUCGGAAGCUGAUUCUCAAAUGCGAUUCUCCACCAACACGACUAGCAGUCAGGUAUUUGUCUCUGAAAGCUCUGCUGUGUCGCCACCGAUCCAUGUUCACAAAAUGAUACUCCAAGCUCGCUGGCCACACUUCAAACGUCUCUACGCUUCAAAAAUGAUUGAAUACCAGACUUCGCGCUUACACAUCCCUGAGCCAUACUCGGUUGUACGCGCGUUUCUGUACUACCUGUACACGGACAGCAUUGCGCCGCACCCUGUGUUCUGCCGUGACCUCACAGACGUCGCCGGCAUGCUCGUAAUGGCGAACCUUUAUGACAUGCCGAAGCUCCGCCUUCUGUGCGUGAACCGCCUGUCGCGCGAGAUUGACAUUGAACAUGCCGCCGUAAUUUGGGAGCGCGCAGGACGUACUGAGGAAGAAUGGCUGAAGCAGCGCGCCGCCCGCUUCUGCAUGACGAACUUCGGGCGGAUCGUACGUACCGAGGGAUUCAGGAGCCUGAGUCGGCAGUCUCUGAUGGAGCUUUGCGAGGUGGUGGGGAUGGAAGGGCGCGUGGUUGAUGGUGAUGAGAUGGAUGACGCCGAUGGCGGGUUCAUGCAAGGUGGGGGCCUUAGUGGGCGAUAUCGACGAAGGAGUCAUCGACCCAGUGGGGAGGCGGACGAGACAGAGGGGGAUGACGAUGACGGGAUGGACAUGAACUGAUUUCCAUCGUCCUGCCUUUCCGAUUGACGCAACGGGAUCUUCUUGGUUCAACGCAGACCAAGAGAGCUUGAGACCCAACGGGCCCAAUCCAGCCGCGAAGCACACCAAGAUGUUCAAUUCAUCAACACGAGAAAAGGGACAUUAACCCCCAACUUCCAACCCUGACGAGGUUCGAACUUUCAUUCUUCAGCAAGAGUUUUUACCGCGUUGUUACGGCAGAUUUUAUGCAGGGUUUUGAGGCGAAGCAUGGUCGGAAUAACGAAAUGUGUUCCACACACACAAAAAAAGAGGAAGCCUAAGGAAGGAAGGAAUCUAGGAGCCCAAAACAUGAGGCAUAGCGAGGAUACAGAAUCUGUCAGGAAUGGCGAAUACCGGAUGGUGGACACUGUACGGGGACCGGGUUGGGAUGGGAUAGGAUGGGCUGGUUCGGGUCUGAGUAAAGGAGCGAGGCUGCAUGGUGCUGUAUAGGUAUGCAUGUAGGUAGGUGCGUUAACAUACGUAACUACCGCGACUUGUAGCCAGCUAUGUAGGCAAGCAUGUAUGAGCUACGGAUGGCAUUAUUCUUGACACCAAGCAGAUAAGCCGUGAGGGUUGGUGUUGGUAUCGCAUGCUUCGCCCCAAUUUUUGACCGACUGCUUCGUGUCGCGUCGUUCUCUU